AUGGACGGUGCCAUGGGGCUUCGGGGGCUGCUGUGCGUGUACCUGGUGUCCCUCCUCGCCCUGCAAGCCAUGCCUGCUCUGGGCUUGGCCACAGGCAGGUCCAAGGGCAGCGAGAAGCAACAGGCUCUGGACACAGUGAGCCACAACUCCUUCCCUCACAUCUUACUUCAGACAGUCAAUGGCGUGCUCAUCCGGAGUUUGAAAGUCAACUGUAAAGUCACCUCUCGCUUUGCACACUAUGUCAUCACCAGCCAAGUGGUCAACACUGCUGAUGAAGCCAGAGAAGUAGCCUUCGAUGUAGAAAUUCCCAAGACAGCCUUCAUCAGUGAUUUCGCCAUCACUGCAGAUGGGAAUGCAUUCGUUGGGGACAUAAAGGACAAAGUGACUGCAUGGAAGCAGUACCGGAAAGCAGCCAUCUCAGGAGAGAAUGCUGGCCUGGUCAGGGCCUCUGGGAGAAAUAUGGAGCAGUUCACCAUCCACAUUACUGUCGGUCCCCGGAGCAAGGCCACGUUUCAGCUGACAUACGAGGAGGUGCUGAAACGAAGACUUACACAGUACAACAUUAUCAUCAAAGUCAAGCCCAAGCAGCUGGUGCAUCAUUUUGAGAUCGAUGUGGACAUCUUUGAGCCCCAGGGGAUCAGUAAGCUGGAUGCUCAGGCCUCUUUCCUCACCAAGGAAAUGGCAGCCCAAACUAUCAAGAAGUCUCUAUCAGGGAAAAAGGGUCAUGUGCUCUUCCGCCCCACCGUGGGCCAGCAGCAGUCCUGCCCCACAUGCUCUACAUCGUUGCUGAAUGGGGACUUCAAGGUGACCUAUGAUGUCAAUCGGGACAAAGUCUGUGACCUCUUGGUGGCCAAUAACUACUUCGCCCACUUCUUCGCCCCCCAAAACCUGACAAACAUGAACAAGAACCUGGUUUUUGUGAUUGACAUCAGUGGCUCCAUGGAAGGCCAGAAAGUGAAGCAGACUAAGGAGGCGCUCCUUAAAAUCCUGGGGGACAUGCGGCCAGAGGACUACUUUGACCUGGUCCUCUUUGGGUCUCAAGUGCAACUAUGGAGAGGCUCGCUGGCGCAAGCAUCUGAGGCCAAUCUGCAAGCAGCUCGAGGCUUCGUGAAGCGCUUCUCCGUGGCUGGGGCCACAAACCUGAAUGGAGGUUUGCUCCGGGGAAUUGAGAUCUUAAACGAAGCCCAGGAUAGCAUGCCAGAACUCAGCAACCAUGCCUCACUUCUCAUCAUGUUGACAGAUGGCGAGCCCACAGAAGGUGAGACAGAUCGUUCUCAGAUCCUCAAGAACAUUCGCAAUGCCAUCCGGGGCAGGUUCCCACUCUACAACCUGGGCUUCGGCCACGACCUGGACUAUAACUUCCUGGAGGUCAUGUCCAUGGAGAACAGUGGAUGGGCCCAGAGAAUCUACGAGGACCAUGAUGCCACCCAGCAGCUACAGGGUUUCUACAACCAGGUGGCCAACCCCCUGCUGAUGGACGUGGAGUUGCAGUAUCCCCGGGAUACCGUCUUGGCCUUGACCCAGCACCGACAUAAGCAGUAUUAUGAUGGCUCAGAGAUCGUGGUGGCGGGGCGCGUUGCUGACCACAAACUGAGCAGUUUCAAGGCUGACGUGCGGGCCCAUGGGGAGGGACAAGAGUUCAAAACAACCUGCCUAGUGGAUGAAGAAGAGAUGAAGAAACUCCUCCAAGAACGUGGCCACAUGCUGGAGAACCAUGUGGAGCGCCUGUGGGCCUACCUCACCAUCCAGGAACUGCUGGCCAAGCGGAUGAAGAUGGAUGGGGAGGAGAGGGCCAAUCUGUCAUCCCAGGUCCUGAAGAUGUCACUGGACUAUCAGUUUGUGACUCCACUGACUUCCAUGACCAUCAGGGGCAUGGCAGACCAGGAUGGGCUGGAGCCUACCAUUGACAAGUCCCCGGAAGAUUCUCAGCCCUUGGAAAUGGUGGGACCAAGAAGGACAUUUGUGCUGUCAGCUGCUCAGCCUUCUCCUACUGGCCACAGCCCCAUCGACCCCGGUUUGCCGAACCGAGUGACAGGUGUGGACACCGACCCCCACUUUAUCAUCCACACACCCAAGAAAGAGGAUGUCCUAUGUUUCAACAUCAACGAGGAGCCUGGUGUGAUCCUGAGCCUGGUGCAGGACCCCGAUACAGGCUUCUCAGUGAACGGGCAGCUCAUUGGCAACAAGGCCAGGAGCCUUGGGCAGCAUGAGGGCACGUACUUGGGACGGCUGGGGAUCGCAAACCCCGCGACAGGCUUUCAGCUGGAAGUGACUCCUCAGAACAUUACACUGAACCCCAGCUGGGGCGGGCCCGUGUUCUCCUGGAGGGACCAGGCUACACUGCGGCAGGAUGGGAUGGUGGUGACUAUCAAUAAGAAGAGGAACCUGGUUGUGGCCGUGGAUGACAGGGCUACCUUUGAGAUUGUCUUGCACCGGACGUGGAAGGGGAGUGCAGUCCACCAAGACUUCCUGGGCUUCUAUGUGCUGGAUAGUCACCGGAUGUCAGCCCGGACACAUGGGCUGUUGGGACAAUUCUCCCACCCUUUUGACUUUGAAGUGACUGAUCUCCGCCCAGGCUCUGACCCCACAAAGCCAGAGGCUACAUUGGUGAUGAAAAACCGCUGGUUGACAGUCACCAGGGGAUUGCAAAAAGACUACAGCAAAGACCCCCGACAUGGGGCAGAGGUGUCCUGCUGGUUCGUCCACAACAAUGGAGCUGGUCUGAUUGAUGGUGUUCACACUGACUAUAUCGUCCCUGACAUCUUCUGA